AUGCGUAAGACAGAUAACGACAUAAAUAGAGAGAGAAUCUGUGCUACACUAAGGCGUCCUAUAUCUACUAUAUCUUAUUGGCCUCAUGAUCCUUGUUGUUUAUUAACGGGUUCACUCGAUGGUCAAGUACAAAUAUGGGAUAUUCGACAUUGUUCAUCAAAAACACCAGCAAAUUUAAAAUUAACAUUAUCAACUCCAUUUAGUAUUCGUCAUAUACAAUGGUCUUCUAUGGAUUUACAUAAUACAAAUUCAUCAAAUGAUUAUAAUCAAUUAGCUAUUCAAUGUGAUCGUUGUGUACGAAUAUAUGAUAUGCGUCGAACAGAUUCAUAUAUAUGUUCAAUUGAACAUAAUCAACGUAUAAUGAGUAUGGAUUGGACAAUGCAAAAUCAUUCAAUUGUUACACUUUCAAUGGAUAAUUCAUUACGAGUAUUUUCAACAAAUGGCAAUUUAUUAGCUGAAUCUAUACCUAAUGAACAAUUACCUUUUGCAUUAAGCAAAAUUCGUACAACAUCUUAUGAUAAUUUAUUUAUUUGUGCAUCUUGUGAUGGAAUAUCAUCAACAUUUGGUUUUACUGGUUGGCGUUGGGAUGAAGAUCAAUAUUUAAGACCAUUAACAGAUCAUAUAUUAUCAACCAGCUCAUCAUCUAUUAAUGAUUUUACUUUUGUAACAAAUUCAAAAUUUUUAACUUUAUUUAAUCAAAUGUUUUCAUCACGUUCAAAUGACGAAUUAGUAAAACAUUUUCCUAUUUUAGCUUGGUGUCGUGAUGAACAAUUACGUUUAAUUGAUAUGGAUUCAACAUUUCGUAAAACUUGGCAUGAUUAUCGAACAAAACAAAAAAAUCAAUCUGAUUUAUUGAAUACAACAAUUCUGUCAAAAUCAUCAUCAUCAUCAUCAAAUUUAUUUCGACAAAAACAACAAUUAAAUCGAAACAAUACAAAUAAAGCAACAAUGGAUAUUAUUGAAGAUGAAAUAAUGGAAGUUGCUGACAAUGAUUUAGAUGAUAAUGCUUUUUCUGAUUUUUUAUCACUGCGUAUUAAUACUAUAGAACUAUUAGAAAAUGAAGAUGAACAUAAUAUAUCUAUAACUUCCAAUCGUAUAGAUCAUAGCAUUACAACAACAACAACAACAGAAGUAUCUAUUCAUAAUGAAUUAAAUUCAUUACAUGAUACAUACGGUCCAUAUAUAGUUGUUGAAAUAAAAGAUGAAGAACAUCGAAUGUGUGUACUUCGUUGUGUUUAUCCAUUUGAUAGUUCAGGAUCAUUUCGUAUUUAUUUAUUUCUAUCUCGUCACUAUCCAAUAAUAUCACAAUUAUUUGUACGUUUUAAAUUAUUAACAAAUAAUAACAAUGAUGAACGCUUAAAAUUAUUUCAUAUACGUAUUCAAACAAUAUUUGAUGAAACAUCAAAUAAAUGUUUUUAUUACGGACAACUAUGUUUACAUAAAUGUUUAUUAAGAUUAAAAUAUUUAUUUGAUUUAUAUUACAAACAAGAAAAGCUAUGUUCAACUAUAAUAACAAAUAAAACAAAUAAAAAACAAUCUGAAGAAUUAAUACAUUCUUUAGAUCUUGAUUCAUCAAAUGCUAUUAUUAUUAUUAAUAAUAAUAAUAAUAAUAAUCAUAACAAUAAUAGUAAUAAUAAAAAUUCAAAUCGAAUAUUUGAUCAACUACCAUCACCAUCAAUUUGUCCCAGUAAUAGUCAAAUAUUAAAUAAUCCAUCGGUUCGAGCAAAUCCACGUACAUGUGGUGCUCGUUUUACUGGUGGAACAUAUUUAAUAUGUUUUGGUCGAACGUUAAAUCUUCAACAAUACAACCAACAACAACAGCAACAACAACCAACUUCUGCACCACCAAUUCUUAAUAGUAUGAAUGAUAUAUUCAUUAAUCGACCACAACCAGUACAUAUGCGAUCAAUGAGUUUGACAGUAACAAAAAGUCGAGGAAAUUCGAGUACAGAUGAACAUUCAUCAAGUUAUCGAUCAUCAACAAUAUUAACAAAUACAGUACAAAUACAACAUGUUAUAAAUAAUCAACGAGGAACGAUAUUUUCUGCUCCUGUACGUUUAUCAUUAGGUUCAAGUAUACUUGCUGAUCAUCAGCGUAUAUCAACAUCAUCAACAUCGUAUCGUCGUCCUCUUAGUCAUCAUUUAUCACCACUUCAUUCAACAGUAUCAAUAUACGAUAUGUCAAUACUCUUACCAUUAAGUAAAAAAUUAGCUGAUGAUUAUAAAUUUAAUUUAAAUAAUUUAAUUGAUAUGUGUGAAAUAAAUCAACAAUUAACAGAACGAAUGGCUAAAAAUGACUUAGGUCAUUGUUGGCGUUUACUUGCUACUUUAUUAGCUUUACAACCAAGUUUACCAAAUGAUCAUCCUUGGUUUCAAACACCAAUCGCUCAAGGUUUAAUUAAACACUUAGUUUCACAUUAUAGUAUUGUUGGUGAUAUUCAAUCAGCAAGUAUGUUUUUAUUAACAAUGUUAGAUACACCAUUUAUGAAAACAAAAACUCAAUUAAAACCUUUUAAUCAACAUCCUUAUGAUUCAAUUUUAUAUGCAUAUGCAAAUUUAUUACAUCGUUGGAAACAUUUUUAUAAACGAACACAAAUUUUAUAUCGAAUUGAUUAUAAUUGUCAAUCACCAGCAUCAACAAAUCAAACAUCAUCGACAAUUAUCUGUUCAAUUUGUUUUCAACCAGUUAUUGGUCAACAUAUUUUAUGUGCAGUAUGUGCACAUGGUGGACAUUUAAAUCAUAUGCAUGGAUGGUUUUCAUCAUCAGAAAGUAAACAUCGAUAUUGUCCAGAAAAAGAUUGUGCAUGUCGAUGUAUUAUAAAACAACAAGAAGUAUUAAGUAUGAAUACAGAUCAAACACAAAGACAACAACAUACACCAGUAUUAACACCAAGAUCUUACGGUGUUCGUACAUCAUCAACUAGUAUUCGUCCUAUUUGA